UCUAGUCCACGGGGGCGACCUUAAGCUGUUGCAAAAGACACAAAUGUCAGGAGCGUGGAAGGACAUUUCCAGAAGAAAUCAUGCAUAGAUUUUUAUUACGGACUCUAAACUUAGCGUUUAAUCAUCCAGUUACUGUAUAUGAAUCGUGUGUGUCGAUAUCAAAAUGUGAGAAGGCUGCAGCUUCAGCUUUCAGGGUUGCAAAUGGAGGUGGAGUCAAGGCCCUCAGCACGAGUUCUUUCAGGCACUGUGAGAAGAAAGAUGACGUUACCCCCGCUCAUCAGGAAGAGAAAACAAAUGUAGUGGGAGAGGUUGUCCCAACAGAAACGGCAACUUUGCUCACACAGAAAGCUGAAGGUGAAAUCACACUCGUCAAGCAAGAGGAACAAAACGAUGAGCCAGUGGUGUUAAAGACUGACGACGCCCCCUCCCAUCAGGAUGAGAAAACAAACGUUGUGGAAGACGUUGUCCCAAUAGAAACGGCAACUUUGCUCACACAGAAAGCUGAAGGUGAAAUCACACACGUCAAGAAAGAGGAACAGAAUGAGGAGCCAGUGGUGUUGAAGACUGUAGACGUCGAGCAGCAGCAGGCUGAUGUCAAAGUUGAAGAGGUUGUGGAACCACCAAAACAAGUGAAGAGCCCUGAAGCUACGAGCGGGAAACAGAGUCUCCUUGACCUUCUCGGAGCUAUGAAAGUUGAAGUAACUAAUAAGAGGAAGCUUAAAAGCAAAAAAACAAUGACUCCGAGGCCUGAAUCCAUCCCCAAGCCAAACCCAGCAGCUAUGGAGAGCACAAUCAGUAUGUUUCAGCAGGCGACAGGGGAGGCCGCGGCACAGAGCGAGGCACUGGAUUCUACACUGGUCGCAGCUGCCUCUGCUGCCGCCUCCACUCUCCCAAACAGCAGCCAAGCCGAGUCUGAGCUGCUCCGACAGCUCAGGAAGAACGACUCUGUCACUGAGGCUCAGAAGAAAGGCGACACGAACAGCCUCGGGGUGAUUAUUGCCGACAUGAAGGUAGGAAAGCGUUACAACCGGCAGAGCGAUAAGCCGGCUAAUCAGAUCUGGUUUGAUGACGACGGCAAAGGAUACACGCUAGAAAGAGGGAUCACUGCUGAACUGGAUGGUGUCCGGAGAUGGAGGCCCGUGUUCUCAGGGAAAAGACUGAAUGUCUUCUCUCCAGCCACUGCUGCAGAUUCAGUUGAGACAACAGUCGCACGGCCAACUCUCUGGGACAUGGACUUUGCUAAUCAGUUAUCUCUGUCAACAAGCCAAUUACCCCGCAACGGGCUUGAGGAAAUGAUCCAGUGGAGCAAAGAGGGGAAGCUGUGGCAGUACCCGAUCAACAACGAAGCUGGCCUCGAGGAGGAAGCCGGCGUCUCGUUCCAUGAGCAUAUCUAUUUAGACCGACACUUGGAGGAGGGUUUCCCCAGUCAGGGACCGGUGCGUCACUUCAUGGAGCUCGUGGUGGCCGGUCUGUCCAGAAACCCUUACCUGACAGUCCAACAGAAGAGGGAACACAUUUCCUGGUUCAGAGACUACUUCCACCAGAAAGAGGAAGUCCUUAAAGAGGCUGAUGUGUACCUUCGCUAAGCUCAAGACAAUUCACUAGUUUUCAGUAGCUUUUGAAUGUGGACAGAUUAAAAGCAAGACUCCUGCAAGUGAGUGAGGCUUCGGGACAGUCAUCAUCUUUUCCCGUACAACUUAAAAGGAUGCAGAAUAAGCCUGGACUGGAUUUCUUGACUCUUCCAGGAGAACAGUUUGUUUUGACUAGAAUCAUGUCUGUGUCGCAGUGGGAAAUGCUAUAAAGCCUCUUUUGUUUAAAAUAAAUAGGAUACUGUUAAAUCUUUAGAUCGCAGGCAAAGAUCUACAGAAGAUGUUGUACAAAGUAUAAAAACAAUACAAAGCAGAAAAGUUGUA